GGACGGGUGAACACUACACAUGGCCAUAGCGCCGACGGAUGACGACUCUUCCAGCGGAGUGGCAGUGCCGGGUCUGUAUCGUUCAAGAUCCUUGCCUCACCUGUUCGCUGGAGACUCCGGAGUCGGCAGCUUCAGCGAGGGCCCCCCUGGCCCCGGGCCCCAGAACAAGUUGGGGCCCGGGGGCCUGGUGGCCGAGCUUCGCCAGUUGCUCACCCUCAAGCAGCACUACUACCCCGAGGGUGGGUGGGGAUGGGUCGUGGUCUGCUGUAGUGUAGUGGUGCAAAUAUUGACCCAUGGACUACAGAUGGGGUCUGGGGUUCUAGUCUGUGACACAGUCGCCAAGUUUGGCCCGAGUAUCGACAUGCAAGCAGGUUGGGUGGGAGCUAUGUCUACUGCAGUAGCUCUGCUGGUGUCACCGGUCACCAUAGCCUUCUGUCGCCGCAAGUCCACUCGGCUCACAGCAGUAAUGGGAGGGCUGGUCACUGCACUGGGAUGUCUCUUCACAUCCUUUGCCUCUCAGUUCCAUCAACUCUUCUUCAGCUACGGCACUAUCGUUGGUGUCGGAGUGAGCAUGACCAGGGACUGUUCUACGCUGAUGGUUGCUCAGUACUUCAAGAGGAGAAGGGAGUUUGUGGAGAUAUUCAUCGUGUCAGGCAGCGGGCUCGGGAUCGCAGUCAUGUCUUCCUUCAUCAAAGGGGCUAUGAAUGCCAUCGGCUGGAGGUUGGGUCUGCAGUUGGUCACCGUCACAGUUUUCCUCACCUUCUUCCUGGGCACCUUCUACAGGUCUGCCUCUCUCUAUCACCCUCAGCGCCGCGCCAUCCUGCAUCUAAAAAACCAAAAACGUAAAAUCAAAGACAAGAACAAAACAGACGACCGACCUCCAUUCUUCGACUUCAGCACUCUCCGGAGCAAGACAGUUAGGAUACUGCUUGUCUCAACUGGUAUCAGCGCAUUUGGAAUCAACACACCGAUAUUCUAUCUGGCGCACCAAGCAGAAGAGGAUGGCCUGGGUGACACAGCCCUCUUGCUGCAGACCUACCUCGGACUCGCCUGGACCCUGGGCUGUUGCGCCUUCGGGGUCGUCGUCGUCCACAACUCUGUCGAGUGUAGGAUAGCUCGCCAGUAUCUCUGUCAGGCAGCUGUGUUCAUGUGUGGGAUCAGUAUUCUGGCUCUGACAGCAGUCCAUGGCAACAGACAGGGAUAUAUCCUGUUUGUGUGGAUCUACGGCAUCUUCUGCGGAGGCUACCACUACUCUCUGAAGAUGUAUACCUACGAGAGAGUGAGGGCGAGGAACUUUGCCAGAACGUGGGGUUUCGUCCAGUGUUCGCAAGCUAUCCCUAUUGCCAUAGGGGUGCCAAUAUCAGGUUACAUCAACGUGGGCUGUGGUGGCAAGUCUGGCUACUACUUUAGUUCAACCUGUGUCCUGGUGGGAAGUCUCUCCCUAUUCUUCAUCGACCUCCACCGUCGCUCCCUGGCGCGACACAAGCAUGGUGAUGGCACCAGGCAGCUCUGUGUCUCUGAGUCUUGUCCUCAACGGCGCCGGCUGUCCUUCGCUGCCGAGCCAGAGGAGCUGGUUGUGGUGGAGCCUCCGCUCAACCCACAAACAGCUCCCCCAGACAAACCAGAGCUAACUUGUAUCUCAGAGGAAGGCAUAGCAGACAUGGAUCUGCCAGACAAUCUGCUGGACGAUCUCGACUACAUCGGAGACUGCAUCACAUCCUGCAAUAAGGUGGAGAACUACUUGAUGUUGUCGGAGUUUGAGAAUAACCUGAUAGCGGAGAUGCCAGUGAUCAUGGACCGCAAGGGCCGGCGGUGGUCCCUGGCACGACAGGCGGAGGAGGAGGCACCGCGAGGCAAGUGGAGACUGGUGCCGGGGCCUAACAGGCUUAUCACUGUCAUAGAUGAGGCCUCUGUCUAGCACUAGGUCUGAUGAUCACACACACACGCUCGGAGGUAGUCUCAAUUCUCACUCCAUUGUCAAUGAAAAUCCUUCUAUCAUUGUCACCAUCACUUUGGGUUGUUGAUAAUAUGUUUAUAUUGUGUAUAUUGGGUUUUCUUUUUUACCUAAUUGAUAUUUUUUUCACUUUUUAAGGGCAAUCUCCAAACCCUGAUGCAAUAGCAUCAUUAAUACAGCCUAAUGGCAAAUGGCAAAUGAGCUCAGAAAUGUUCCAGUCGGGAUUGAACCAGAAACCUUCAGAUUUUAAGGCAAGUAAAGCACUCAGCUAUCCAGAUAAAUAACCAGAUAAUGUUGAUAAAUGUUUAUAUUUGAUACACAAAUUUUGUAAACUACAAAAUGCACUACAAAAAUGAUCAAAAUAUAGAUGUUUGUAUCAAUAUUGUUAAGUGUAAGGAUAAAACACACAAUUAAUAAAAUUGAAAUCCUUGUAAACAUACUUGUGAUGAAGUUGUCAUUGACAAUAUUUAUUUACGAAAUAAAAAAAUACAUACUACAUAUACACUUUAUUUCAAAGUGUAAUUUUAAUCCAAAAUGUUAUUGGUUACAUGAGAGAUUUGUAAUAUUGAAAUGGUGAAUAUUAACUCUACUAUAUAAAUUUCUUAACCGUACAAAUUGUAAUAAUACCUGCUCAAACUCUUUACAAUUAUCAUAUAAAACAAUUUUAAAAUUCCCGAAAAAUAUUUAAUUUAAUUUGAUUUUCCUUUCUCCAACCAUUAAUUAGCAUCCCAUUCUCCAACCAAAAAUAAUUCAGUAUACGUCAUAUCCCAAAAAAAAAACUUUUAGGUGACUGAAUUCAAGAGUAAACACAACUUUUUACAUUAUUUAUAUUUUGAGUCAGCCUGAAUGUAAACUACGUUUAAGUAAUUAAAUUGUUGGGUAUGGUUUAGCGGUUUGUUCUACAUGAUGCAUUCACUAUGAAUAACAUGUCAAUUCAUUUUCAACGAACUUUGUGAUUUUCAUGACUUUUCAAUGUUUUAAUAAAUAAUCAAACACAAGUUUAGAAUGAAGGACAAUAUUUUAUCCAAUUAUUCAAUAAGAGUUAUAAAUAUUUGCCAAUAUCUUCGAGUGUGUGUGUGUGUGUGUAUUGAAGAGUCACUGCCAUAAAUAAUCAAACUAUUUACAUGAUUAUCUGUUGUGAAAUGCUAUUGUAUUUCAAACUAGGACAAGAUUUCUUAAAAGAAAAAAAACUUGCUAGAUAACUCAAAUCACCAGUUAGGACUUUAUUGAAGGAACAGAUUGGUUGUAAAAAAUGUAAUUAAACAUGAUUAAGAAGUAAGAGUUAAAUAAUUUAAUCUACAAUAUCUACUAUCAGAGUUUUUAGAAUCAUUCUAAGCUCCUUAAAGUUUUUUCCGAAUUUUUUGGUAAUUUUAAUUUAACAUUUUCUGUUGUCAUUUAAAUUGGUAUAUCUAUGAACUUCCCCCUAAGUCUAAUAAUAGAAAUAUUAUUUCGUAAAGAUUGAAGGACUUAAUCUAGUUUGAAAUACAACAUUACAAAUCGUCCGGAGACAGAUGUUGUGAUAUGAGUGCAUUAGUUUAAAGGAUAAUAAUAAAAGUAUUGUAUUAGUUUCUAUUUAUAUUUAUUGUACAUUGUGUAGAUUAUGAGUGAAAUGGAAGCAGGGAAACUGGGUUUGCAGUUUCAAAUUGUAUAGAUAUUUAUCAAUUAGUAAUUUAUUUACUCACUAGAUGUGAUUAGAGUUUGGGGAGCUACGUUUAUAAGAGUGUUUGUAUAUUUGUAAAAAAUGUAGGAGUGUAUGGUGUGUUAACUUACAAGGAUAAGAGAAAUUUGUAUUAUUGAUAAUAUGUUUUAGAUUCUGUAUAGAUCUGACUUAUUGUGGUUAAGUUUUUGUUUGUAUAUAGCUGGAUUGUUACGUUUGCCGUUAAAUACUAACCGCAGUAAAAAAAGAGGAUUUUUUGUUGAUAAUAUACUUCGUGAUAUUUUAAUAAAAUAUUUGAUAGAAGUUUAAGUCAAGCUUUAAACUAUACCCUUAAUCUCAAAACCUUACUGAACAUCAAAUUUAAAUUUAAAUUAGACUUUUAAAUUUCAGUUGGUUUGUCAAAAAUAUAAUACCUAAUUUGGUUAUUAUGUAUCUUGCAUCACAAAUUUACAGCUUCUUACUUUUGCCUUAGUUUAUUUUUACUCAAUGAUUAUUUAUAUUUUAUCACAAAUUUUGUAUCAUUAAUAAUCCUCCAAUUUUUUUUAAAUUUUGAGUCAAACUAUAUAUUAUUGCCAUCAAAUGAGGCAUUUUUUUAGUUAAUCGUUGUCCAAAAUAUUUGCUCAAAAGACUUAAAUUGUAUUGGUGCUUUUAAAUUUAGAUAUUUAUUUUUGAAUCUUAUUUUUAUUUAAAAUGUUAAAACUGUUUGUAAGAGUAAAAGUAUAACUCUUUGGAUUCCGUGAUCCCUGGUUCCGUUUCAACACGCUCAGUCAUCCCUGUGCGUUUCAUGGUUACUAUGCUACGUUAGAUUAGGUAUAUUCGUAAGUAAACACAAGAAUAAUUUUAUAAUGUGCAUACUUACAGACCAGUGUCUUAGUAUUCAUUCAUAGAGUUUAUUACACAACUUCUUACAGUGUUCUAGUGGGUAAGGUUGUAUGAACCAUAUUAUUUUUGGUACUGUAAGUGUUUUUGCAGAACAUUGAUAAGACUGGUAAAGUGUGAGAUUCACUCAUCUACAUGUCCCCUUAUUUAUUUCAUCUACAUUCAUAGUUUUGUUGAGUUCAGUAUUACUGUGACUGCCAUGCAGUGGUUGUUGAUUAUAGCGCUUUUUAUGCAUAAUGAGGAAAUUGUUAUUAGUUUUUUACAUCAGUUUGAACACAUGUUGAUCAUACUGCCCGUUUAUACAACUAUGUGUAAUUAAAAACUUGUAAAAUUUACAAAA